UAAAGUGUAGUACAUAGAAAACUUAAUUUGCAGCAAUUGCACCUAUUCUCAAACCCCUUUUAAUCUAGCUCUAAAUCCAAAAUAAAAACACCAUCAAAUAACCAUGAACAAUCUCCUUGGAGAGGAAAGGGAGCAAUAUCCGAAAAAGCGGAAAUCUUGUGAUGAAGCCACUACAAACAUGAGGACAUCAAGAAGAAGAUUAUGCAACAACAAAAAUGAAGAAGAUGGACACAACUAUAACAAAUCAGUCUCAACAACACUAAAGCUUUACGAUGAUCCGUGGAAGAUCAAAAAGACGCUAACCGACAGUGAUCUAGGAAUCUUGAGCAGACUCUUGUUAGCUGCAGACUUGGUGAAGAAACAAAUUUUGCCUAUGCUGGAUCUUGACGACGCAAGAGCUGCAGAGACCGAGGAAGGAUCCCCGGUCAAUGUUUGGGACAUGGAAACAAAUUCCAUGCACCAACUUGUUCUAAAGCGAUGGUCUUCGUCCAAGAGUUACGUUCUUAUUGGUAAGUGGAACCAUGAUUUUGUGAGGAGAAGAGAUCUCAAGAAAGGAGAUGAAAUUGGAUUUCAAUGGGAUCCUUUUAACCGUGCUUUCAAUUUCUGUGUUCUUAAACGGGCUACACGUCUCAAUAACGGAUUCAUUUCUUUGUGAUUUCUAAUAUAUAUAUUAAGAAAAAAAAACUCUUUUGGUAUUAAUUCUCUGGUUCUAAAGAAAAGAGGCCCGGUAAUUCAGAGGCGACUGCCAGUAAGUAAAGUGAUUGUUCAUACAAGGAAUCAAACUCGAGUUUUCCGAAAAGAUUCCUCCGAAAACAUACAGUAAUAUACAAAUUAAGUUCAAUAUAUAUUUGCUUAAUAAUAUACCAUGAACAAGAGUAAUUAUUCUUAUCAGGAGUUAAACUCGAGUUGUCCUAAAUGAUUCGUCUUAGAACACGAGGUGUAAUAUGCAAAUUAAGUUCUAUUUAUUUUUGCUCAAUAAUAUGCAAAGUUAUCUUUUGGUAGUAACUCUCUAGUAUUCACUAGCUUGU